UAAAAUUAUAUAAUAUCUUACUUCAUAUGCUACUUACUAUAUUUACUAACUAAUAAUAAUAAUAAUAUUUCGUUCUUAUUGGUUUAUUCUACAACUUCAUCACAUAUGAACCAAUCAUGGGUCGCGAAGGAAUGAAAUGUCCAAAUAGGGUCGCUCAUGAAAAAAGUUUGAGAACCAUUGCUCUAGAUGAUAGCAAUAAAGAUAAAGGUUAUGUGUAUAGUGGAGAAGGCGAUGCUGAAAGCGAGGAAGUAAGUGAUGAAGAAUUAGUGUUUGCUGGGAAAAGUAAAGCUCGAGUGAUAUGCCAGACACUCCCACAGGAAUAGUUAUUGCCCACACAGAGCAAGCAAGUGCAAAACGUGAAAAACGUCAUGUGACGUGAGAAACCUGUGGACGUACCCAACAGGAGCACGUCAUGUGACGUGAAUAACACCUUACUACGAGUUAAGGCGCGGGGCAACGAAAUAACAUGGAAAAUCUCGAAAAAUCAUGAAAAAUGAAAAAUAUACCAACCACUAGCUCAGUCAUAUGGCAACACUGUGUUAAUUUCAUUUGAGUAUCUCAAUUAUAAGUGUUUACACGCCCAUUCACCCGUAAAAGGUUAAUUUACUCUCUCAGACCGCAGGCAGUGGUAUUUUUUUUGGAAAAAAUUCGAGAGAAAUCCAUGAAAAAUCAAACAUAUGAAAAUUACUUGCUCACUCAUAUGGUAACACAUCAUUGAUUCCUCCCUUUCCAACCUCAGGGUGCGUUCCCACCAAACCAUUAAAUUCAAUUCCAUUCCAUUCAAUUCAUUGUCAUUCAUGAGUGGCUAUGAUGGAUCACGUUAAUUCCUAUGUAAGCGUUCCCACCGGGUCAUUCAAUUCAAUUCCAUUCCAUUCAAUUCCUGGCCAUUCUCAUUCAAUGAUGCAUCUGGUUCCAUUUUUCUCUCUUGAAUGACAAUCAUUCGACUAUUAAGGUAAACAGGGAGGGAGAGUGAGACUUGUAUAGCUAUGACAGGGAUGUAUUUUUUCCCCUGGAGUGACAAAAUGUAUUGGUGAAAAAGGUGUAGUGGACGUAUAGCAAGGUUAGGAUAAAAUAAGUUAGGAAAGCUCGAGUUGGAUUAGGUUAGUUUAGCUUAGAUUAGGCUACUAGGUUAGCUUAAGUUAGGUAAAUUUAGGUUAGGUUAGCUUAGUUUAGUUUAGCUUUAGUUUAGCUUAGGUUAGUUUAGCUUAGGUUAGAUUGGUUUAGCUUAAGUUAGCUAAAGUUAGGUUAGGUUAUUUAUAGAGGACGUAUAGCAAAUGGUUAUGUUAUAGGUGGUUAUGGAGAAGCUCAGAUGAAUGUAAGGAUUAGUGAUUAGUCUUAUUCUUAAUUAAAGGAGUCAGGAGCGUUUUGUUAGCGUUUGUUGAAAGGCCUUUAACUCGACCAACUGCUUAAAUUUCUCCUUGUCAAUCCUGAAGAAAUCAUGAAAUUUAUCUGGAUUAUUGAGCAAAUCUGGGAACAAAUGUGCAAAUGUCCCAAAUUGUGCUCUCCUGCUAUUAAUGGGAUGCAUCCACAUAUUCCUUUGUUUCCUACGCCUUCUACGCCGCUGCAACAACAACAAUGUUAUUCUUGCUAGGUCACUGACGUCCAUCUCGCACGAAGGCUUAUUGCAUACUAGAUGACCUGAAUGAAAAGUAAGCUGAUGGCGUUGGUUGGAACGGUGUUCAUUGAAAAAGAAUUGAAUGACGUGAAUUGAAUGGAAUUGAAUGGAAUUGAGUGGCUUGGUGGGAACGCAGCCUCAGUGCUGCUCCCAGCUGUUAUUGAGGGAGUAUGUGUCAUCGCGUCAUCCGUCUUUCAUCAGCAUUUUGUUGCUUUUGCAAAAUGCCAAAGAGGAAGAGAUUCGUGGAGCAGCGAAGGUAAGGGCUAGAGAAGGCUCGAGAAGAAAAGAAAAGAAGAAGAAAUACAACACCACCCUCUAUAGAAGAAGAUGUGGUUGUAGCGGGGUCGAGUUCGCAGGCGUCACCGCAUGCCAACACCCCGCCCAGUUGCCUGGAUUCACUUCUUGGAGUAGAACACACCACAUUGAUGAGCAAAUACUUGAAGAAUCAAGAUGCCAAGAUGAAUGUGAAACCAAGAUUGAGGAUGAGAAACAAGAAACUCCAGAAAGAUCUCGUGUACGCUGCAGGCGGGUUCUGACGAGUCUUCAGGGGCGUUUUUCUCCAAACAUACGAGCUGAAACUGUGGCAUAAACAUAUCAAUAUUAAGAUUUACAUACAAUAAAAUUUUCAUGUUGAUACAACUAUCCACUUCCCUGUGCCUUAAAGGCAGUUCAGUAUUUCCUCACACUCAUCCAUAUACAGGAUAGACAGCCCAACUUUGCAUUGCACCAGGUAUGACUAAUGAAGAACAACAGCAAAGUUACCAGAUGUAGUGACAGGAGUGACAGAAAGCACAAUGGGGCACACAAGUUUAUCUGAGAAAGUGCAACACAAGCCUGUAGAGAUAAAAACAAGUUAUAGAAAACGGAACACAUUAGCGGAAACAGAAACAAACUAAAAAAAUUAUUACCGGUUACACUACUGCUACAACAACAACAACUACUACUACUACUACUACUACUACUACUACUACUACUACUACUACUACUACUACUACUACUACUACUUCUGUUGCAGUUGCUGUUGCUGCUGCUUCUGCUGGCCGCCUGACUGAAGGCCUGCCAGCGUUAUCUAUAGCAUGAUAGCUGUUUUCAGGCUGUGGGAGGACGCCCUUAUCAGCUGUUCUGCAACCUUCAGUAGAAGUGAGUGAAGAGGUUACUCGGAAAAUGUGGUCAUAGCCUUGGCUUCACUGUAAAUAAACAAAAGGAUGACACGACACUUGCAGGAGGAAGAAGAGGAGGAAGUGGAAAACGAGGUGGUGGUGGUGGUGGUGGUUGACCUCCGUGAUGCUGAGCGGCGACUGGCCAGCGCCUCCCGCCACCACUCAGCGACUGUGCCCUGGCUGGUCUUGGCCAGGGUCUUUAAGGGAGGGCAUUUCAGGAGAUGACAUAGCAGUCUUUAACAGGCUGAACGAUUUACUACCCUCAGCCUUCCCCUCAGUCACGGCCUGUCAGGCCUCAUGUAGGUAAAUAUAUCCCUGUCACACUUAUGCUCAAACAGAGACAACAUUUUGGCGUUGGUAAAUCAUGUAUUUCCUACACAGCAUCUAAAAACACUAGGAAAAUUUUAUUCAGGUUAGACUCACCAAGCGUCAUUUCCUUGUUUUGUGCAUCCCAGACCUAGAUAUCUGGUGACGAGGCGAGAGUGAGGCGAGAGUCGUCACUGAGGUAAGAGCGAGCGACACGUCCAGAGUGCUGCAGGAAGCGUUCAUCAUCGUGGCUGUCGUUCAAAAAGUCUUCUAGGGACUCAUUGCUCAUAUUUACUGUUUUAACCCAAGGAAACAAGACAAAAUAAAACACGUAAGGUGAAAGAAGAAUGAAACAAGAAUGAAGAAAUGAAGAAGGAAAUAAAAAGUAGAAAGAAUAAAUGAGGGAAGAAGAUGAUAAACACAACAACAGGUAGCAAGAAGAGACGAGACGUGGCCACCGAGGAGAACAACAAAAUGCGGUGAGUCAUCACAACACUAACAAAGCUUGAGAUUAGCACAAGAUUACAAGAAGAGGUACUCAGGUGACCAUCACUGAAUUAGUAUACGAGGGAAGCAGAGGUCACCGGAAGCAGAUGAUGUGGACAACACGGACAGCCGGCACACCAUAGGAACCGCCGCCUCCUUGUUCCUGAUUAGAAGAUGCGAUUACCAAAGCUACUCGAGAAUGAACCUUAGUGAAAGUUAAGGGAAAAUAAACUGUAUGAUCGAAGUAUGGGAAGAUAAAUAUAGUUACUUGAAAAUGGAUCUUGCGGAAAGUAUAGGAAAAUGAACUGUAUGAUCAAAGUAUGAGGAAAUAAAUAUACUUACUCGAAAAUUAACCUUAUUGAAAGUUACAGGAAAAUGAACUAAAUGAUCGAAAUAUUGGAAAAUAAAUAUUAUAACAACGGAAGCCUUGUUGGGGCAAAAGGUUGCUAUAACAUAACGUGUAUAUUACAAGGUGUAGGAGACGGGAAUAGACAGAAACAGACAGAGAGACAAGCUAGACAGAGCUGUCAGACCAGAGAGGGUCAGGAUGGGCAUAAGGUGCCACACAGUUGCAAUGCAGUCACAGUAAAAUGUUGGUGUUAUAUAUUGACAGAGAGGGAUUGGGUAGGUGUGGGAUGUGUUCCUCAUUGAAUAUUAGCUGCCAGGUUUGUGUAGGAUGUGAUUUAUCAGUGAGUGUUAAAUAUGUGAAAUGAUUUGAAUCGGAAGUGUAAUGUGAAGUGUUCCAGAUAUUUAAUGGUGUUUAUCUGAAGAGAGAUGAAACUAUUUUCGUAGAUUUUCGUUGUUGUCGGAAGUCGUAUAUGAUCGUCUGAGUGUAAAUAUAUGUAAAUGACACAAAUUAGGUAAAAAUUAUAGAAACUUAAAGCGUUCCCUUGAACCCACAAAAGCCAGUCUUAUAGAUUAGGGACGCACCAACACCGCGCAACAUGGAAACACGACAUUACAGCGUGGCGGCGCCAGUGACAGUGAUGUGUGUUGCAUCACUCACAACAGACAGGACAGUAUCUCAUCAAUAAGAGGACCACACCUCGGUGAGGAGCAUUUGUUCCAUCACGGAUCUGAGAGGUAAUUGUUAUUCAAAUGUUAAGGAAAGAAUACUUCUAUAGAGCGGAAUAAAAGUAAUGUUUGUGUUGUUCACGUUGAUGGUCGGUCAGUUCAGCAGUGACAUGAAAGUCAGCUGCCAGACAAGGCGGGAGUUGCUUCGGGUAUCAGUGUGGCAGCUUUUCCUCGACAUGAGAGGCGAUGGAAGUUACCAGAUACUGCGAUUCUUCCAGUGGCCACCUCCCCAACUCCCCGCCGCCACAGGUGUGAUACGAGUAGUAAUCUUAUCACUCUUGUCUUAACUCACCUGUGGACUGUUGGCGGUGGCGUGGACACGUAGUACCUCUGGCGACAUCACCUGGCGGCGCUGGUGACGCGGAGAAACAUAGGUGUUGAAGUUGCUCCUCAUCCGCCCCUGCUGCCCCUCUCACCGCAUCAUAAUUUCUCAAUAAUAAUUCCUUUAGUUCUUCAUUAAUGCUUCCCUCCCCGUGAGUGAGCCACAUGAAGCGCACGUCGGCAUCACCACCCUUUGCUUGACACGCUCGCACAACAACAAGGUGCCUGCAAGCGUGUGUGCCUUACAGCGACCUGUUGUCCCCACACGGCUUCCAUUGCAAUAAGGAGCAAGGAGGCGGAGUGUGACGCGCAUUGUGGCACCAACACAGAGGCAGGCAACCUGAAGCAAGGGCAGCAACACAGAGGCAGGCAGCCUGAAGGAAGGCCAGCAACACAGAGGCAGGCAGCCUGAAGGAGGGCCAGCAACACAGAGGCAGGCAGCCUGAAGGAAGGCCAGCAACACAGAGGCAGGCAGCCUGAAGGAAGGCCAGCAACACAGAGGCAGGCAGCCUGAAGGAGGGCCAGCAACACAGAGGCAGGCAGCCUGAAGGAAGGCCAGCAACACAGAGGCAGGCAGCCUGAAGGAAGGCCAGCAACACAGAGGCAGGCAGCCUGAAGGAAGGCCAGCAACACAGAGGCAGGCAGCCUGAAGGAGGGCCAGCAACACAGAGGCAGGCAGCCUGAAGGAAGGCCAGCAACACAGAGGCAGGCAGCCUGAAGGAAGGCCAGCAACACAGAGGCAGGCAGCCUGAAGGAGGGCCAGCAACACAGAGGCAGGCAGCCUGAAGGAAGGCCAGCAACACAGAGGCAGGCAGCCUGAAGGAGGGCCAGCAACACAGAGCCAGGCAGCCUGAAGGAAGGCCAGCAACACAGAGGCAGGCAGCCUGAAGGAAGGCCAGCAACACAGAGGCAGGCAGCCUGAAGGAGGGCCAGCAACACAGAGGCAGGCAGCCUGAAGCAAGGCCAGCAACACAGAGGCAGGCAGCCUGAAGGAAGGCCAGCAACACAGAGGCAGGCAGCCUGAAGGAAGGCCAGCAACACAGAGCCAGACAGCCUGAAGCAAGGGCAGCAACACAGAGCCAGGCAGCCUGAAGGAAGGCCAGUAACACAGAGGCAGGCAGCCUGAGCCAUGGACGACAACGUGGAGGACUGUCCAGUGUGCCUCAACACCUUUGACGACACCCUCAGGCGGCCACGCACUCUGCCCUGUGGCCAUACAGUGUGCUCGCCGUGCAUUGACGGACUGAAGCAGCAGGGUGCCGUCACGUGCCCCACCUGCCGGGCGAGUCACGCCGUGCCCGAGGCGGGCCAGUUCCCCAUCUCCUAUAUUACGGAGGGCCUUAUCAGGAGACUGAGAAGACUGGCCUCUCUGCCAGCCGAGCCAGGGAAGCAGGCAGCCCCACCAGUGACACGGCCUGCACCAAAGGCGACAACGGGACUCAGCAAGAGGGCACAGUCCCUGCUGCAGGAGCAAGAGGCGAAGGUCCUGGCUGCCAUCCGCUCCUGCCAGGAGGAGCAGAGCCAGCUGGCCGAGUACCUGACAACCCUCGGUGGCUGGAGCAGUCGCCAGCAGCGGCUGCAAGACGAGCUGCAGACGCUGGUGGACCAGAGCAAGAGUGCCCGGGAAGCGGUGCACCGCGAGGAGUCCCGGGUGGAGGGCAGGCAGGAGGAGGUGCGGCAGAAGGAGCAGCAGCUGCACGCCGCGCUACAGUCGCUGCGCACGGCCGCAACACGGCAGGAAGCUUACGAGGUCAUUGAGGACACAGAACUUCUGGUGGAGAAGGACAGUCAGACAGAGGGGUGUCUGGGAGUGUUUCCCGACGUCCACGCCGUCACCACCGUCACCAAGGUGGCAGAGGCAUCGCGCGCAGCCCUGCAGGCCGCCACCGCUGCCGCCGCUGCCACACAGGCAGCCCUGGAGGCAGCGGGCACUGCUGCUGCAGCCUCGGGGGACUCCAGCCUCCCAGCAGCCUGGCCCGAGGCCUCCUCCAUCGCGGAUAGGCUGAAGGCUCUGCUGGCGCCGCCCCUGACGGCCGAGGACCUGCACAGCCUAACGCAGCGUGCCAGGGGCCUGGUGGAGGCUGGCCGUCUCUUCGCCGUCCACGCCGUGGAGGGACAGACUCGGCACGCAAGGAUCAUCCUUGAAGACGGCGGCCUUUACCUCCACUCCCUGCAGACCCAGGCCCUGCCGAACCUCACCGCCACCCUGCAGAUGGGGGAGGUGGUGCCGGCCGCCCCCCCCUGCGUGGUGUUCCUGGACCUGGCGUGGCCCGGCAGCGUGGCGCGGCGGGUGGUGGUGAGUCUACCCAAGGACACCCCCAGGGGCCGGCAGUUCAUGCUGCUGUGCUCGGGCCAGCGGGGCGCCUGCUACGCCAACACCAGGCUGUUUGAGGUGAUAUAUGAGGGACAGCCGGGGGAGUGUGUGCGGGGAGGAGACUACCAGACAGGUGAUGGGAGGGGAGGAGCCGCCCUGCUGCCUCACCUUGACCAGGGUGAGUACUGGCAGUCAGGCAAGGCGGGGGCUGUGUUAUGGCCGUGGCGUGAUGACCCUGCCCGUGGUGCUCAGUUCAUCAUCAUCGCCCGGGACAUUCAGCGUGAUCGUGUUUGGCCUGGUGUCUUUGGCCAGGUGGUGCGGGGCCUGGAGGUGGUGCAGGAGGCAGUCCGGCACCGCCCCGUUACUGAGGUGACUGUGGUGCAGUGUGGCGUGGUGCUGUCACGGUAGUGCUGCACCACACCACACACCACACCACACCACACCACUACCAAUAUUAUUUUUUUUGUUAUUUUUUUUAAGAGGAAAGAAGCAAACACACACACACACACACACACACACACACACACACACACACACACACACACACACACACACACACACACACACACACACA